AUCUUGAAAGAUUGCCGAAUUUCCUAUAAAUAGUAUGAAGCCAAUCAUGCAUUCUACAUUCUUCAUACAAAAUAAUCAAACAAACACUCUAUAAACAAAGAGAUGGAGAACUUCCCUUUGAUCAACUUGGAGAAGCUGAAUGGUGAAGAAAGAGGAGCCACCAUGGAGAAGAUUAAGGAUGCUUGCGAGAACUGGGGAUUCUUUGAGUUAGUGAACCAUGGGAUUUCACAUGAACUACUCGACACUGUGGAAAGAAUGACAAAAGACCACUACAAGAAAUCUAUGGAGGAAAGGUUCAAAGAAAUGGUGGCAGAAAAGGAGUUAGAAGGUGUUAAGACAGAAGUUAACAACAUGGACUGGGAGAGCACUUUCUUCCUGCGACAUCUCCCCACCUCCAAUAUCUCUCAAAUCCCUGAUCUUGAGGAUGAAUACAGGAAUUUAAUGAAGGAUUUUGCUGGUAAACUAGAAAAGUUGGCUGAGGAACUUUUGGACUUGUUGUGUGAGAAUGUUGGAUUGGAGAAAGGGUACCUAAAGAAAGCAUUUCAUGGGUCAAAAGGUCCAAAUUUUGGAACCAAAGUUAGCAACUACCCACCAUGUCCUACCCCAGAUUUGAUUAAGGGACUUAGAGCACAUACGGAUGCUGGUGGCAUUAUUUUGCUCUUUCAAGAUGAUAAAGUCAGUGGACUUCAGCUCCUCAAGGAUGGUGAAUGGAUUGAUGUUCCACCCAUGCGACAUUCCAUUGUCAUCAACCUUGGAGACCAGAUUGAGGUGAUUACCAAUGGAAGAUACAAGAGUGUGAUGCACAGAGUUAUAGCUCAAACAGAUGGAACAAGAAUGUCGAUUGCAUCUUUCUACAACCCCGGGAAUGAUGCUGUGAUUUAUCCAGCAAAAGCACUGUUGGUGGAGAAAGAACAAGGGGUUUAUCCAGGAUUUGUGUUUGAUGAUUACAUGAAGCUAUAUGCUGGCAUGAAGUUUCAGGCCAAGGAACCAAGGUUUGAAGCCAUGAAAGCAGCAGCAGAAGCUAUAUAAUGUCAAGUGCUAAACAAUGGAUCAAACAUUGUAACAAUAUUAAUAAAAAAAAUGAUGUUCUUUUAUCAUUUAUUUAUCGUCAAGUUACCAACAAAGCAAAACGCUAUUAUGAUA